UGCCAAUACCACUGCUUCUCAUUGCUCAAGCCUGCUGGAGUCAAGGACCUGUCUGGUGUGGAGAAAGGUGGGAGGAUAAUUAUGCCACCAUCAGCUUUGGAUCAACUCAGCCAACUUGAUACUACGGGUCCAAUGCUGUUCAGGCUGAGCAAUAGAAAUUCGGGCCAAGCAACACACUGUGGAGUGUGGGAAUUUGUGGCUGAGGAGGGCAUAUGUUACCUUCCAUGCUGGAUGAUGCAGAACCUGCUGCUGGAAGAGGGCAGCCCGGUACAGGUGGACAGUGUUAAUCUUCCAGCUGGGACUUAUGCAGAAUUCCAGCCACAGAGCCCAGAUUUUCUCAGCAUCCCCCACAUCAAAGCUGUAUUAUAAAAAGCAUUGUGCAAUUUGGCCUGUCUAACCACUGGGGAUGUCAUUGCCAUCAGCUACAACGGAAAGAUCUGUGAGCUUUGGGUAAUGGAAACCAAACCGGAUCAGGCCGUGUUCAUCAUAGACUGUGAUAUCCAUGUAGAUUUUGUUGCUCGUGUGGGCUACAAAGAACCAGAAGGAGGUCUACAACAUGGAAAGACCACAGAUGUUAAACCAGGCCACAGGGGGUAUGGGAGUGCUGCAGGAUUUCGUGCCUUCUCUGGUCCCGGGUACAGACUGGAUGGCAAGCAGGAGGGUGUUGAGCCAAGCCCAUCGCCAGGACACAUUCAAAGAGGCAUCCCCAACCGUGACUUCAAGGUUGGGAGAAUCACCUUCAUUAGAGACUCAGGCCCACCACCUAAGAGAGUCAGAAAG